AUGGAGGAGGAGAGCAGGGUAAACGGCUUUGGAUCGAACCCUGAGAAAACAGGCUCAGACUGGGGACGCAUUGCCCUGCUGGAUAAAACCGAGGAGUUCUUCCAGACCUGCGAUGUGGAGGGCAAAGGCUUCAUCACCCGCACUGAUAUGGGGAGGCUCCAUAAAGACCUUCCUCUGUCUGCGGAGGAGCUGGAGAAUGUUUUUGACUCGCUGGAUACAAACCACAAUGGUUACCUCACGCUUGAGGCAUUUUCCUCAGGAUUCAGUCAGUUCCUGCAUGGCCGCAGAAUUUCCGUUGGCGAUGAUCUGAGUCCCAAUCCUGCCCAAGGCCUGAGGGCCAAGGAAGCCCUGUACCAGAGUCAAUGGGACGCCAAGUUAGCAGGCGGGGAAGAUGAUGAGGAGAAACACUUCUGUAUGCUCCUGGAAAGCCUGGGGGCCAGCAAUGUUUUCGAAGAUGCGGGUGAGGUGCGCAGUCUUUGGGCCCAGCUGAGGAGGGAUGAGCCUCAACUCCUGUCUAACUUUGAGGACUUCUUGGCUCGGGUUACAUUCCAGAUCAAAGAGGCCCACCAGGAGAAGAAGGAAAUGGAGACCGCCCUCCAGAGGAAGGCAGCAACACAUGACAGCGAGAUCCGCCGUUUGUAUGAAGAAAUGGAGGCGCAGAUCAAAAAUGAAAAAGAAAGGCUACUCCUCAAGGAUUCCCAGCGUAUCAACUUACAUAGCCAGGACCUGUCACACCAACUGUUUGCAAAGGAGAAAGAGCUGGAGCAUCUUUCCCAGAAGCAGAGAAGGUUGGAGCUUCAGUGCCAUGAGCUGAACAGCGAGAAGCAGGAGAGCCGCGUGGAGAACGUCAAGCUGAAGAUGACCAACGACGAACUGUCCCGAGAGCUGGAGAGCACCAGCCAGGAGCUGACCCUGGCCCAAGAGCAGCUGGGCCUCCUGCAAGAGCAGGCCGCAAGACUACGCCAGGAGAAAGAGAUGGAAAUGUACAGAAUAACUGAAGGACUGCAGAGAGAAAAGCAGAGUCUCAUGAAACAGCUCGACCUCCUCAGAGAGAUGAACAAGCAUUUAAAAGAUGAGCGAGACAUUUGCUGCGGUGUGCCUCGAACCUCACUCAGAAAGAAGCAGAAGCAGAGGAUGAACCUCGACAACUUAUUCGAUGAUGCAAGCCAGCCGGUGCAAAGAGCUCCACUGGUGGUGGAUGGGUCCUAUCAGUCUCUGGAGGCCUUGCCUCUAGAGCACCUUCAAAUCGUGUUUGUUGCUUCCUCUUCCUGUAGCGACGACGAUGUUGCCCCCUCUUCCUCCUCUACCACCACCACCACCACCACCGCUGCUGCCACUGCCGCCACCGACGUUGCCCCCGUGUGUCCGCAAAGACCCUCAGCAAAGAAGAACUCUGGUGUGGCGAACGGCCACGCUCCGGCCAAAGCUCGCGAUCGGAAGCCGAAAGUGAAAAGAUCUCCCAGCCGGAUCUCCUCCGCUGAGACUGUGACCGGAAAAGACAAGGGGAGGGAGAAGGAGGUAGAGAGGGAGGCAGGCGUAGAGGAGGAGGUGUUGGACGCCCCCCCGGAUGGGUGGCCUCUCCGUCGAGUCAUCUCUAUCGAGGAGGACCACCUGCCGCACCUCCUCCAGGGGGGACCCCAGCCUCUGAUGCACCAGCUUAGUGAGGAGGAGGAAGGAAAUGAGGAGGAGGAGGAUGAAGAGGAGGUGGAUGAAGUGCAGAGCGACUUUGAAGUCGGUGCUUUUACGGCCACCAAACCGCCAAAAACGCCGGUCUCGACAGAAGUUCCCUCAGCUAAGAAAUCCAGUACGUCCAAAGGGAAAAAGACGCCCAUGGCUGCCAGAGGACAGCCUGUCGGCAAAGAGACCCAGCAUAGGUCAAAAGAGGGGCCAGUGCUUGCCCCCGACCGUCUCUUCAAGGUGGUGCUGGUUGGAAACUCCAGCGUGGGCAAGACGUCACUUCUACGCUCCUUCUGUGAGGGACGCUUCCACCCCUCCACCUACGCUACUGUAGGUAUUGACUACAGUGUGAAGACGCUUACACUGGACAAUACCCAGGUAGCCAUGCAGCUUUGGGACACGGCAGGACAAGAGAGGUACCGCAGCAUCACCAAGCAGUUCUUUCGCAAGGCCGACGGCGUUGUGGUGAUGUACGAUGUCACGGUGGAGGAGAGCUUCAAGGCUGUGCGACCCUGGCUGGCCAAUGUCCAGGAGGCUGCAGGGGAAGGCGUCCCCAUCCUCCUCCUAGGUAACAAAAUGGACAUGGUUGAAGACAGGGAGGUGUCUUUCAAAGACGCUGAGUUAUUGGCUUAUGAAAACAGGGUGAUGUUUUACGAGGUCAGUGCCUAUACUGGCAGCAAUGUCACAGAGUCUUUGACCCAUCUGGCCAGAAUUUUAAAAGAGCAGGAGGACAGGGUGAGGGAUACAACAAUCAUCCUCAGCGCUCAACCGAUCAAGAAGAAGGGGUGCUGCAAGUGAAGCCAUGCUAAAGGGCGCCCGGAGCCGUGAGUAGGAAACACACGGGUGACCUGCCCUCAUCAUGCUGAGUUUGAGGAAAACGUUUGAGGACGAUCAUAUUCGGACAUCGGAUUCUCCACGUUUGAGGUGCUGAAC